AUGUCAAAACUACUACUGCUGUAUACCAAUGCAUUAAAAAGACGUCCCAAGACUACUAAUGCUAUCAUGACUGGUUCUUUAUUCGGACUGGGAGAUAUUAGUGCCCAGCUUUUAUUCCCCACUGAAGGUAAACUUACUAAUAAAUACGAUUAUGCAAGAACUUCAAGAGCCAUCAUAUACGGUUCAUUAAUUUUCUCCUUUAUAGGUGAUAGAUGGUAUAAGAUAUUGAAUAACAAGGUGAAUUUACCCUUUCAAGUUAAAAAUUAUAGUACUCAAUUGACAAUGCUUUAUAGAGUCGUCAUUGAUCAAUUAUUAUUUGCCCCAUUGGGUGUUCCAUUUUAUUUCGGUUGUAUGACCGCCUUGGAAGGCCAACCAAAAGAAGUUGCCAAAUUGAAAAUUAAAGAACAAUGGUGGCCCACUUUGAAAACAAAUUGGAUGAUUUGGCCUCUUUUCCAAUCUAUUAAUUUCUCAUUGGUACCUGUUCAACAUCGUUUGUUAGUGGUUAAUGUAAUGGCUAUAUUUUGGAACACUUAUCUUUCUUAUACUAAUUCGAAAAUUGUCGUGGGCAAAGAAAAGUACCCCGUUUUUUAUCCUCCUGUAAUAGAAUAA